CCCGCCCACGUGUUCCGAUGACGACUUCCUCUUCCGGCUCAAACAACUGCGCAAAAUGGCGGCCCCCGGCAAGAAACAUGCGAUUGGUCUGCAGGAGAUUCCUGGAGGGUUUACAGCAAUUCCUGUUUGCUUCCAGAAAACCAGUAGAUCCCACCAUUACUUGUAUGUGAAGGAGCAUAAGGUUAGAACAGAAGCUCACGCCACCAGACCACUCGACAGAACUCUAUUUGUUCUCAAUGUUCCUCCAUAUUGUGAUGAGGCUUGCCUGAAGAGGAUACUGUCUCCUUGUGGACAUAUUUGCUCAAUAGAAAUGAGGGAUAAACCUGGACCCGAGGAGAAGGAUGACAAUGGACAGUCCAAAUUCUUCAAAGCCCCACAGCCCCAGGGUUUCAGUGUGGCCUAUGUAGUGUUCAGAAAGGCAUCUGGUGUAGCAGCAGCCAAAAAGCUGCGCCCUAAAAACCCCAUAGUACUGUCAACCGAUGAUCAUCCAAUAAAAACUGGAAUCAAGAAGUGGAUUUCUGAAUACAGAGACUCCCUGAUUAACCCAGAAGAGCUGCAAGCUGAAGUUAAUGCCUUCAUGCAGGAGUACGAUAAGAAAGAAGCUGAGGAGAAACAGCGUGCAGAGGCUGAAGAUGGUGUACCUGAUGAAGAAGGCUGGAUCAAAGUGACCAGGCAUGGAAAGCGGCCAGUCAUGCCACGAACACAGGCAGCAAGCCAGAAAAUUUUGGCACGUGAGAAAAAGAAAAGAGCAAAGAAAGAGCUGCUGAACUUCUAUGCCUGGCAGCACAGAGAGAGCAAGCGAGAACAUAUUGCUGAGCUGCGGAAGAAAUUUGAGGAAGACAAGCAGCGGAUUGCAUUAAUGCGUGCCCAGAGGAAGUUUCGGCCAUAUUAGCAGCACUGAUCACGUUAACAUGUCAACACUCUUCAGCUGGUACUGAAGAACCCUUUCUGAGGAUCAUUUCCUUACUGCCUAAAUAAGAUUUUCAGUCCUUAAAGGCAAACUUCAGAUGUCAUUUUGAACCGUAAAAGCCAUUUUUUUAUUGACGUUGACAAGCUGCAAGGCUCUGAAAAUCUUAAAAGCAGAAGUCUGUAGUUGGAGUCUGCUUAAGGCACAGUGAGCACAUAUGAACUGCUAUGCCACAAUUUUUAUGUGGUUUUUAAAACAUUGUAGUAGUUUAAAGCAGAACACAUAACCUUACCUUUGCAAUCGUUUUUUUUUUU